AUGGUCCGUCCGGGCGGGGCAGGGCAGGGCCGGCCAGAGCGACCCGAACCUUUCGGCAUCCCGGUGCUGCCCGGCGGGGCGCCCACAGCGGGGCUGGCGCGGCGGGACAGGGCCUCCCCUGCCUUCUCCAAACCGCUCGGCGUUACAGGUUGCGCCGAGCAGGUGCACAGGCAAAGCGGGGUCCGGGGUGGGAGGCGGAGACUAGGGGUGCGGGGACCGAGGCAGGCAGGGGGCGGGCGCUCCCGCGGGGCCCCCCGGGGGCCGGCUCCGGGCCGCCCGAUCGGGCACUGCGCCCGCAGACGGAGAGCCGAGCGCUGCCUCCGGAGCCGGCGCCGCCGCCCCAGGGGCCGCCCGGGGGGAGCCCCGCUCCUUUCGGCGUGGCCGCCGCCAGACGGGGCCCCGCGAUGCGACGCGGCGGCUCCUCGCGAGGCCCCCCCUGGGGCCGCCCCCGGCGCGGCCACUGCUCAGGGGCGGCGCCGCCCUGGCCCGCGGGGGCACCCGGCAGCCGGGCCCCCUCUUGGAGACCUCCAUGCGCAACGCGAGUUUGCGGGCGGGAGAGCCCCGCCGCCACCGCCCGCUAUCGCUCGCCAGGGCCCCGACGGCGGCGGGUCCACACCGGGGGCUUCGCGCGCGCCGGGGGGGCCGCGCCCCCCGCCGGGGGGACCCCGCGGAGCCCCCGAGGGCCGGGGGGCGGCGCCGGCACCGGCACCGCGCGGGGGGAGCGGCAGAGCCCCGGCAGAGCCCCCGCCCGGCCCCGCCGCGGCCGCUGCGACCGCCGCUCCCCGCACGUCGGGCGAGAGCAGCCGCGGUCCGCCUCGGCACCUCUGCUCGGGACCCGCCUGCCGAAAGGCGCACCUUGGCCGUGACGGGCAAAGCCUCGCUCCCUCGCGGCACCGGGAGGCACCACCCCCGCCCAUCUCACCCACAGCGCUUUCCCCGCUCCCCCGGGACCGCCAGUCGGAGCGGGCAUAG